CUGGAUGACAACAGUUUAACAGAGGUCCCGGUUCGUCCCCUCAGUAACCUCCCAUCCCUUCAGGCCUUAACGCUGGCUCUGAACAAAAUCACUCACAUACCGGAUUAUGCUUUCUCAAAUCUGUCAAGCCUUGUUGUUUUACAUCUCCACAACAAUAAAAUCAAAACUCUAGGACCGCACUGCUUUGAUGGGUUGGAUAGCCUGGAAGCGCUGGACCUUAAUUAUAAUAACCUUGUGGAAUUCCCCGAAGUUAUAAAGUCUCUGGGCAAUUUGAAGGAGCUAGGUUUUCACAGCAAUUCCAUUACAACUAUCCCCGAUGGAGCAUUUGAGAAGAACCCAUUGCUGAAAAGCAUACAAUUGUAUGACAAUCCGUUGUCUUUUGUUGGGAAUUCAGCUUUUCAAAACUUAUCAGACCUCCGCUUCUUAGUCAUUAGAGGAGCAUCUGACAUCCUUUGGUUCCCAAACUUGACUGGAACAGUGAACCUGGAAAGCCUGACGUUAACAGGCACAAAGGUCAGAAGCAUUCCACUGAAUCUGUGCCAGGAGCAGAAGAUGCUUCGAUCUCUAGACCUUUCCUAUAGUGAAAUAACAGAUCUGAAUGGAUUGAAGGGAUGCGGUUCAUUGGAGGAAAUUUACCUGCAACACAAUCAAAUUACUGAAGUUCAAAACGAGUCUUUACAAGGCUUGACAUCGUUACGUGUGCUGGACCUCAGCAGGAAUUCCAUCCGUUGGAUUCAUAGUGACGCUUUCACCACCUUGACUUCCAUAUCUAAACUAGAUCUCAGUUUUAAUGAAUUGACCACGUUUCCUACUGGAGGACUUCAUGGCCUAGCCCAGCUUAGGCUUACGGGCAAUCCUACCUUCAAAGAAUCACUGUCGGCAAAGGACUUUCUGAAACUCCAGUCGGUGUCUGUCCCGUAUGCUUAUCAAUGCUGUGCAUUUUCUGCAUGUGACUCUUAUUUGACCUCGACUAUCGAAGAUGAUGGAUCAAAGUAUCAGAAAUUACUGCUGGACCAUGAGAAAGGAGCCCUUGAAGAUUAUAUGAUCACAGAGGAUGAGAAAGACCAUGUCCAGGCUGCUGUCCACUGCAAUCCAGCCACAGGUGCUUUCAAACCUUGUGAGUACCUGCUUGGCAGCUGGAUGAUACGGCUCACAGUGUGGUUUAUCUUCCUUUUAGCCCUGAUCUUCAACAUUAUUGUCAUUGUGACCAUGUUUGUUUCCUGCUCUUCACUGACAUCCUCAAAACUCUUCAUUGGUCUCAUCUCUGUCUCAAAUCUCUUCAUGGGCAUUUAUACUGGCAUUUUGACAGUACUGGACACGGUCUCUUGGGGACAUUUUGCAGAGUUUGGCAUCUGGUGGGAAACUGGCAGUGGAUGCAAAGUGGCUGGGUUCCUAGCAAUUUUCUCUUCAGAGAGUGCCAUUUUUUUCUUGACCUUGGCAGCCAUCGAACGGAGUUUGUCUGCAAAGGAUAUAAUUAAGAAGGAAAAGAGCCAGCAUUUAAGGAAAUUUCAGAUUGCAUCAAUUCUUGCUCUGUUUCUUGCCAUAGCAGCUGGAUGCUUGCCAUUAUUUCAUGUCGGAGAGUUUUCUUCCUCUCCUCUCUGCUUGCCUUUCCCGACAGGAGAAACACCCUCCUUGGGCUUUACGGUUACCUUGGUUCUUCUCAACUCCCUGGCUUUUUUGGUCAUGGUUAUCACCUACACUAAACUGUACUGCACAUUGGACAAGGAAGACCUCUCAGAAAGUGCUGAAUCCAGUAUGAUCAAACAUGUGGCCUGGCUGAUCUUCACCAACUGCAUCUUCUUUUGUCCCGUUGCUUUCUUCUCCUUUGCACCACUGAUUACAGCGAUUUCCAUCACUCCAGAAAUCAUGAAAUCUGUGACUUUGAUAUUUUUUCCUUUGCCAGCUUGCCUCAAUCCAGUACUGUAUGUGUUUUUUCAACCCCAAGUUCAAAGAAGACUGGAAGCUUUUGAAGUGGCACUUGACAAAGCGAAGUGGCUCUGUUGCAGUUGCAACCAAUGCGCAGAGGGGAUGCGUGACUCAAGAUUUUUAUUAUGACUUUGGAAUGUAUUCUCACCUACAAGGUAACUUUGCAGUUUGUGAUUACUGUGAGACUGUUCUAUUAAAGAAUCCACUUCCUUGCAAACACUUGAUAAAGUCUCACAGUUGUCCAACGUUAGCAGUUGUGCCUUGCCAUCGAUCAGAAAACUACUGGUCAGACUUUGGUACUCAGUCAGCCCAUUCAGAUUGUGCAGACGAGGAAGAUUCUUUUGUGUCGGACAGUUCUGAUCAGGUCCAGGCCUGUGGUCGUGCCUGCUUUUAUCAGAGCCGUGGAUUUCCCUUAGUUCGUUAUGCAUAUAAUAUACCGAGAAUGAAAGACUGA